AUGCGACCAAUUCUUCAGCGGCUCAUUCAGACAGCCAAAAUCGCCGCCGUUGGCGGCACGGCUACCCUCAGCUCAUUCUUUAUUUACACCCGCAACACAAAAUUCACGCCAAUCGAUGAUUCGGAUCCUAUAUUCCGAAUUGCCCGAGAAAGGAAUUUGAACCCGCAUGAGAACCCGACAACGCAUGAUUUCUUCAUUCGUCGAGUUCCGCUGGGAGAUAUUCGUUCUGAAGUUCGCGAUUCGCCAGUGAAGUUGACGGAGGCUUUUUGUGCUGGGGUUUGGAGUAAUUGGGGAUUCGCGAUUCAGCGAGCCCUAUCAAGCCGAUCACAAAACGAGUCAAACAAAAGUCAGCUAUGGACACGCGAUGGUCUCCUCUCUUCAAAAUAUAACCCAGGUACCUUACUCAUGGAUAGCUUUGAGGUUUUGGAGAAGAGAGACGACGGAGUCAUCUUUCGGGGCGGAGAUUCGCCGUCAAAUAAAGCGCUGCGGCCAUUAGACGUUAUCUUGGAACUGUCGGCUACAAUCAAAGAGGAUGAGCAAGCGGUCGAUUUCGGAUUCAAAUCGGUUUUCUUCGCUGGAGAUAAACGGAUCGAGAAGCCUCCGAUGCCGGGAUUCGUGGUUUGGUUGCAUUUGCAAUAUGCGAAGUUGCUCCUUGAGAAUGGGGUAGCGAAUACGAUAUAG